AUGGCCGGGACAAAGGUGACGAUGGCGAGCGCGGUGGCCGUGGCGCUGCUGCUGGCCAUGGCGGCCGUGUCGGGCGCGGGCGCGGCGCCCGGCACGCUGAUGAUGUGCAAUGUGGACGUGUACCGCAUGAUCGGCGCGUGCAGGUCGUACUGCGCGAGAGGCAGCCGGGAGGCUACGCCGAGCGGGCAGUGCUGCGCCGUGCUGAGGGGAGCCAACCUCCGGUGCGUGUGCCAGAAGAAGGGCCUGCUCGCGUCCGCGGGCAACAUCGACGCCCGCCGCGCCAUGCAGAUCCCCUCCAAGUGCGGCAUCGGCAACGUGCCCAGCCGGUGCUAG